AUGGAUUCUUCUAAUUUUGUUGACCUUCUCAACAAUCAAGAAAAAAAAUUCAUUCAUCAACCCUUUCCUUAUGAGAGCUUUUCACAUGGUGGGGAAAUUGGAUCAUCACAACUCCCUGUGUUCAGUACGCAAUGUACAGAAACGUCAAGCUUCUGUGAAGACUCACCUACACAGCGCAAAGAAAGAAAGAAAUGGAGUCCCUCGGAUGAUCUGGUGCUCAUUAGCGCGUGGUUAAACACCAGCAAGGAUCUUGUCGUAGGAAAUGAGCAGAAAGCAGGUGCUUUCUGGAAACGCAUUGCAGCUUACUAUGCAGCAAGCCCAAAGGUGGAAAGAGCUUCAACAAGACAUAAAACAAGUGGUCAGAGUGAGAGUGAUGUUGUUAAACUAGCAUACGAGAUCUUCUUUAAUGAUUACAAGAUUAAGUUUAACCUUCACUAUGCUUGGGAGGAGCUCCGCCAUGACUAG